CACCAACAAAGCAUCUCGUCCCUAUUUCAGUAGCUAUAUAUAAGAAUCAACUCCCAAAUAUAGCGGUUGCAAUUGCUUGCAUACUUUGACUUCAAUUUUAUAGUUACUAUUUGAUCAACAAAUAAUGGACACCUUCCUACAAGACUUCCGGCAUCUUAAAAUCCAACUGGAAGAGAUAAAGUCAGCCACUGAUACCUUUGAUAACAACAACUUCAUUGGAGAAGGUGGAUUUGGUAAAGUCUACAAAGGAGAAAUCUCUCACUCUAAGGGGCAAAGCAUGGUUGCUUUUAAGCGUCUAGAUCGUAGCCAUGGACAAGGAGAUCCUGAGUUCUUAAAAGAGAUCCUGAUGCUCUCAGGUUACACACACGAAAACCUCAUCUCUCUUUUGGGAUUUUGUGAUGAGGAUGGCGAGAAGAUCAUUGUCUAUGAGCAUGCAGCUAAUGGAAGCCUUGAUCGUCAUCUAAGUAGCACUACUCUCACAUGGAGGCAACGUCUCAAGAUAUGCCUUGGGGCUGCAACAGGAUUGUGCUACCUUCAUCAUCCCAAGGAGACACAAGAAAGAGUCAUCCACCGUGAUAUAAAAAGCUCCAAUAUUCUACUCGAUGAGAAUUGGAAUGCAAAAGUUUCUGAUAUGGGACUUUCGAAAAUAGGACCCACUAAUCAGCAGCGGACCUUUCUUCUUGUCACAAAUGUUGUGGGUACCCUUGGUUACAUAGAUCCGAUGUAUAUGGAGACCAGCAUCCUAACCGAAGAGUCAGACGUAUACUCUUUUGGUGUGGUUUUAUUUGAAGUAUUGUGUGGGAGAGUAUGCUACGAAAAUAACAACGGUAGUUUUCAUAGUUUAGUGCGAUUGUGGAAAAAAAGCUACAAAGAUAAGAAAUUAGAUGAAAUUAUAUUUCAAGGUCUGAAGCAAAACAUGGAUCAGAGGUCUUUGGCAACAUUUUCAGACAUUGCCUAUAGAUGUUUGCAGAAAUAUCGUGGAGAACGGCCGAAGAUGUGUCAUGUUGUGGAAAAACUGGAGAACGCGCUUCGCUUUCAGGAGAUUUUUGAAGAUGUGGAACAGAAAUGGCUGUACUAUGAAGAGAUAAGUAAGGCUGCAUCACCUCGUUUGGUCUACAGAUCCGAAGAGCAUCUAAAGAUACUUCUCUCCAAGGGAAUCUUUCUUCACAGAGGAAAAACGUGGUUUUGCUUAGAUAAGGAUGGAGAACACUGUGAAAUGAUAUCUGCAGCAGAAUGUUUGAUUCCUAUUCGCAUUGUAUCAUCCAGUUAUUAUAAACAGCAAAAGAAAUCAAGAAUAGCAGUGAAAUCAAGAUUUGCAGUGAACUACAAUAUACCAUAUUCUAGGCAAUUCAAAACACAUGUCAAAACACAAUUUUUGUCAUCACAUGUCACAUACACACUAAACCUAGUGUUCCAUUCUGAUCACUACACAAGUAAUGACUAUUUGGGCCUCAAUUACAUAUUGGCUGGGGAGACAAAAUCUUCGACUGUGUACUUAGCAAAUAAGAGAGAAGAUGGAUGGUUGAUGGCUGAAUUGUAUCAAUUUAAUAGCGACAGCAGAAAUGUUGAUUUUGAAAUUACGUUUCAGUCCAAUGAUCGAUUGUUGGUGGAAGGCAUCGAGUUUCUGCCAGUGGAAAGAGUGGAUCAUCAAGUGUUAGGGGAUGAGGAUGAGGAUAUUCAAACCAACACAUACUCAGAACAAAAAUUGUCAUGGGAAUAUGGACAAAUAAACAAGAGUGGUGAUGUGUGGUUUUCUCGUGCAAAGAAUAGGGACACAUGUUAUAUGCUCUCAGCAAAAGUGGCUUUACUAAAAGAAGAGUGGAGAUGGCGGUCUUUACCCGAAUCAAGAUUUGAAGAAGUGGCUUUUGAUCCACAUGGCAGCUUUUGGAUAUUCUUCAGCACUGAUAGGCUGUCAAGUGCAACAACAUAUGCAACUUACCUUGUUUACAAAUUAGAAGAAAACCAUUUUGGAUUUGAGCCUCCUUUGAAAGUGAAGUCUGGUGAUUACCUUGUUGGUAGGAAAGAUUCAUGGUUCAUCUAUUUACUUUGGCCUCAAAUUCCAAUUAUCAGACCAAAGGUUUAUCAAAGCACCCACAACCCAAUGAAUAGACCCCAAACGACAUACCUUCCACAACAAAGAGAUGAUGGUUGGAUGGAAGUAAAAGUAUGGGAAUUUCGAGUGCCUUUUACCACAGAUAAUUAUUCUCAAAGCCCUUUCACCACUAAUAGUAAUUCCAAAAAUCUCCGAUUGACCCUUCACAGUGAGAACUCGCUUAAAGGCCUUAUUGUGCAAGGGAUUGAGUUUAGACCCACACAUGAAGGUGUAGGUUAUCCUGGUUAUGAUACAGAAUGCUCUUAUGAUUCCGAAUGAAUUGAUUGUAAUAGGGUACUAGAUUAAUUAUGACCCGCAUUAAACGCGGGGGAAUAUAAACAAAAAUACAUAUCAUAUUAAUAGGCGGUAUUGUAUUUGGUGGAAUUUUAAUAAAAAAAUAUUAAUUAGAUUCA